CUUGGCAGCGCCGGGCUCGGCUCCGCACGGCCACAGCGAGGGCGCGCCGCGGCGAGAGCAACCUGCAAACAACCAAGGCCAGCCCACCCUGCAGCCUUUGCCACCACCCCAUAAGCAGCACCCCGCACAACACCAUCCGUCCAUCACUUCUCUCAACAGAAACUCCCUGACCAAUAGAAGGAACCAGAGUCCGGCCCCGCCGGCUGCUUUGCCCGCCGAGCUGCAAACCACACCCGAGUCCGUCCAGCUGCAGGACAGCUGGGUCCUUGGCAGUAAUGUACCACUGGAAAGCAGGCAUUUCCUAUUCAAAACAGGAACAGGGACAACGCCACUGUUCAGCACUGCAACCCCAGGUUACACGAUGGCAUCUGGCUCUGUUUACUCGCCGCCUACUCGGCCACUACCUAGAAACACCCUAUCAAGAAGUGCUUUUAAAUUCAAGAAGUCUUCAAAGUACUGUAGCUGGAAAUGCACUGCCCUGUGUGCUGUAGGGGUCUCCGUGCUCCUGGCAAUACUCCUAUCAUAUUUUAUAGCAAUGCAUCUCUUUGGCCUCAAUUGGCAAUUACAGCAAACUGAAAAUGACACAUUUGAGAAUGGAAAAGUGAAUUCUGAUACUAUGCCGACAAACACUGUAUCAUUACCUUCUGGUGACAACAACAAUGGAAAAUUAGGUGGAUUUACACAAGAAAAUAACACCAUAGAUUCUGGAGAACUUGAUAUUGGCCGAAGAGCAAUUCAAGAGGUUCCUCCUGGGAUCUUCUGGAGAUCACAGCUCUUUAUUGAUCAGCCACAGUUCCUUAAAUUCAAUAUCUCUCUUCAGAAGGAUGCAUUGAUUGGAGUAUAUGGCCGAAAAGGCUUACCACCUUCCCAUACUCAGUAUGACUUUGUUGAGCUCCUGGACGGCAGCAGGUUGAUUGCACGAGAGCAGCGGAACCUGCUGGAGCCCGAAAGAGCAGGGCGGCAGGCGAGAUCCGUCAACCUGCACGAGGCUGGCUUCAUCCAGUACUUGGACUCUGGAAUCUGGCAUCUGGCUUUUUACAAUGACGGGAAAAAUGCGGAGCAGGUGUCCUUUAAUACCAUCGUUAUAGAGUCCGUGGUGGAGUGCCCCCGAAAUUGCCAUGGAAAUGGAGAGUGCGUUUCUGGCACUUGCCAUUGUUUCCCAGGAUUUUUAGGUCCGGAUUGUUCCAGAGCAGCCUGUCCGGUGCUGUGCAGCGGCAAUGGGCAGUACUCCAAGGGCCGCUGCCUGUGCUUCAGCGGCUGGAAGGGCACCGAGUGCGACGUGCCCACCACGCAGUGCGUUGAUCCGCAGUGUGGGGGCCGUGGCAUCUGCAUCAUGGGCUCCUGCGCCUGCAACUCCGGAUACAAAGGAGAAAAUUGUGAAGAAGCUGACUGUCUUGACCCUGGGUGUUCCAAUCACGGUGUUUGUAUCCACGGGGAAUGUCACUGCAGUCCCGGGUGGGGUGGCAGCAAUUGUGAACUGGUGAAGACCUUGUGUCCAGACCAGUGCUCUGGUCACGGAACGUAUCUUCAAGAGAGUGGCUCCUGCACCUGUGACCCUAACUGGACUGGCCCAGACUGCUCAAAUGAAAUCUGCUCGGUGGACUGCGGCUCGCACGGAGUGUGCAUGGGAGGAAGCUGUCGCUGCGAGGAGGGCUGGACCGGCGCCGCCUGCAGCCAGCGAGCCUGCCACCCGCGCUGCGCCGAGCACGGCACCUGCAAGGACGGCAAGUGCGAAUGCAGCCAGGGCUGGAACGGAGAGCACUGCACCAUCGAGGGUUGCCCUGGUCUGUGCAACAGCAAUGGAAGAUGUACACUGGACCAAAACGGCUGGCAUUGUGUUUGCCAGCCAGGGUGGCGAGGAGCAGGAUGUGAUGUAGCCAUGGAGACUCUCUGCACAGAUAGCAAGGACAAUGAAGGAGAUGGGCUCGUUGACUGUAUGGAUCCUGAUUGCUGUUUACAGAGUUCCUGCCAAAACCAACCCUACUGCCGCGGAUUGCCUGAUCCUCAGGAUGUCAUCAGCCAAAGUUUACAGUCCCCCUCGCAGCAAGCUGCCAAAUCCUUCUAUGAUCGAAUCAGUUUUCUUAUAGGAUCUGAUAGCACCCAUGUCAUACCUGGAGAAAGUCCUUUCAAUAAAAGCCUUGCAUCCGUCAUCAGAGGCCAAGUACUAACUGCUGAUGGAACUCCACUUAUUGGAGUAAAUGUCUCAUUUUUCCAUUACCCAGAAUAUGGAUAUACUAUUACCCGCCAGGAUGGAAUGUUUGAUUUGGUGGCAAAUGGCGGUGCUUCUCUUACUUUGGUAUUUGAACGCUCCCCAUUCCUCACUCAGUAUCAUACCGUGUGGAUUCCAUGGAAUGUCUUCUAUGUGAUGGAUACCCUAGUCAUGAAGAAGGAAGAGAAUGACAUUCCCAGCUGUGAUCUGAGUGGAUUUGUGAGGCCAAAUCCCAUCAUCGUGUCUUCUCCUUUAUCCACCUUUUUCAGAUCUUCUCCUGAAGACAGCCCCAUUAUUCCCGAAACACAGGUACUCCAUGAAGAAACUACAAUUCCGGGAACAGAUUUGAAACUUUCCUACCUGAGCUCCAGAGCUGCAGGAUAUAAGUCAGUUCUUAAGAUCACCAUGACCCAGUCUGUCAUACCAUUUAAUUUAAUGAAGGUUCACCUCAUGGUGGCUGUGGUAGGAAGACUGUUUCAGAAGUGGUUUCCUGCCUCGCCAAACCUGGCCUAUACUUUUAUAUGGGAUAAAACAGAUGCAUAUAACCAGAAGGUCUAUGGUCUAUCGGAAGCUGUUGUGUCAGUUGGAUAUGAAUACGAGUCGUGUCUGGACUUGACUCUGUGGGAAAAGAGGACUGCCAUUUUGCAAGGCUAUGAAUUAGAUGCUUCCAACAUGGGUGGUUGGACAUUAGAUAAACAUCAUGUGUUGGAUGUUCAGAAUGGUAUACUGUACAAGGGAAAUGGGGAAAACCAAUUCAUCUCCCAACAGCCUCCUGUUGUCAGUAGCAUCAUGGGCAACGGCCGAAGGCGCAGCAUCUCAUGCCCAAGUUGCAAUGGCCAGGCUGAUGGUAAUAAACUGCUGGCCCCCGUUGCAUUAGCUUGCGGGAUCGAUGGCAGUCUAUAUGUAGGGGAUUUCAACUAUGUUCGGCGAAUAUUCCCUUCUGGAAACGUAACGAGUGUUUUAGAACUAAGCAGCAACCCAGCUCAUAGAUACUACCUUGCAACCGAUCCAGUUACGGGAGAUUUGUAUGUUUCUGACACUAACACCCGCAGAAUUUAUCGCCCCAAAUCCCUUACGGGUACAAAAGAUUUAACUAAAAAUGCUGAAGUGGUCGCAGGGACCGGGGAGCAGUGCCUUCCGUUUGAUGAAGCCAGAUGUGGGGAUGGAGGGAAGGCUGUAGAAGCAACGCUCAUGAGUCCCAAAGGGAUGGCGAUUGAUAAGAAUGGAUUGAUCUACUUUGUUGAUGGAACCAUGAUCAGAAAAGUUGAUCAAAAUGGGAUCAUAUCAACUCUCCUGGGCUCUAACGAUCUGACUUCAGCCAGACCUUUAACCUGUGACACCAGCAUGCACAUCAGCCAGGUACGUCUGGAAUGGCCCACUGACCUAGCCAUUAACCCUAUGGAUAACUCCAUUUACGUCCUGGAUAAUAAUGUGGUCCUGCAAAUCACUGAAAAUCGUCAAGUGCGCAUUGCUGCUGGGCGGCCCAUGCACUGCCAGGUUCCGGGGGUGGAAUAUUCCGUGGGGAAGCAUGCAGUUCAGACAACACUGGAAUCUGCCACUGCCAUCGCAGUGUCAUACAGCGGGGUCCUGUAUAUCACUGAAACCGACGAAAAGAAAAUCAACCGAAUAAGGCAGGUCACCACAGAUGGGGAGAUCUCCCUGGUGGCGGGAAUCCCUUCAGAGUGUGACUGCAAAAAUGAUGCCAACUGUGACUGUUACCAGAGCGGAGAUGGCUAUGCCAAAGAUGCCAAGCUCAGCGCACCUUCCUCCCUGGCUGCCUCCCCCGAUGGCACCCUGUACAUCGCAGACCUGGGCAAUAUACGGAUCCGGGCUGUGUCAAAGAACAAGCCUUUCCUUAACUCUAUGAACUUUUAUGAAGUUGCCUCUCCAACUGACCAGGAACUCUAUAUCUUUGACAUCAAUGGCACUCACCAAUAUACUGUAAGUUUAGUCACUGGUGAUUACCUGUACAAUUUUAGCUACAGCAAUGAUAACGAUAUUACCGCAGUGACAGACAGCAAUGGCAAUACCCUUAGAAUUAGACGGGACCCGAAUCGGAUGCCAGUUCGAGUGGUGUCUCCAGAUAACCAAGUGAUAUGGUUGACGAUAGGAACGAAUGGAUGUUUGAAAAGCAUGACCGCUCAAGGACUAGAAUUAGUUUUGUUUACUUACCAUGGCAAUAGCGGCCUUUUAGCAACUAAAAGCGAUGAAACUGGAUGGACAACGUUUUUUGACUAUGACAGCGAAGGUCGUCUGACAAAUGUUACAUUUCCAACCGGGGUGGUCACAAACCUGCACGGGGACAUGGACAAGGCCAUCACAGUGGACAUCGAGUCAUCCAGCCGUGAAGAGGAUGUGAGCAUCACUUCAAAUCUCUCCUCGAUCGACUCCUUCUACACCAUGGUUCAAGAUCAGUUAAGAAACAGCUACCAGAUUGGUUACGAUGGCUCCCUUAGAAUCAUCUACGCCAGCGGCCUGGAUUCACACUACCAGACGGAGCCACACGUUCUGGCCGGCACCGCUAAUCCAACAGUUGCCAAAAGAAACAUGAGUCUUCCUGGUGAAAACGGUCAAAAUUUGGUCGAGUGGAGAUUCCGAAAAGAGCAAGCCCAAGGAAAAGUCAACGUCUUCGGCCGAAAGCUUAGGGUUAAUGGCAGAAACCUCCUUUCGGUUGACUUUGAUCGAACAACAAAGACAGAAAAGAUCUAUGAUGACCACCGUAAAUUUCUACUGAGGAUCGCCUACGACAUGUCAGGGCACCCGACUCUCUGGCUGCCGAGCAGCAAGCUGAUGGCAGUCAAUGUCACCUAUUCGUCCACCGGUCAGAUUGCCAGCGUCCAACGGGGAACCACUAGCGAGAAAGUCGAUUAUGAUGGCCAGGGGAGGAUCGUGUCUCGGGUCUUUGCUGACGGUAAAACGUGGAGCUACACCUACCUAGAAAAGUCCAUGGUUCUCCUGCUUCACAGCCAGAGGCAGUACAUCUUCGAAUAUGACAUGUGGGACCGGCUGUCUGCCAUCACCAUGCCCAGCGUGGCUCGCCACACCAUGCAGACCAUCCGGUCCAUUGGCUACUACCGCAACAUCUACAACCCCCCAGAAAGCAACGCCUCGAUCAUCACCGACUACAAUGAGGAAGGGCUGCUUCUGCAAACGGCCUUCUUGGGUACAAGUCGGAGGGUCUUAUUCAAGUACAGAAGGCAGACCAGGCUCUCAGAAAUUUUAUAUGAUAGCACAAGAGUCAGUUUUACCUAUGAUGAAACGGCGGGGGUCCUCAAGACCGUAAACCUCCAGAGUGAUGGUUUUAUUUGCACCAUUAGAUACAGGCAAAUUGGCCCCCUGAUUGACAGACAGAUUUUCCGCUUUAGUGAAGAUGGGAUGGUAAAUGCAAGAUUUGACUAUAGCUAUGACAACAGCUUUCGAGUGACCAGCAUGCAGGGUGUCAUCAAUGAAACUCCACUGCCCAUUGAUCUCUAUCAGUUUGAUGACAUUUCUGGCAAAGUUGAGCAGUUUGGAAAAUUUGGAGUUAUAUAUUACGACAUUAACCAGAUCAUUUCCACAGCUGUAAUGACUUACACAAAGCACUUUGAUGCUCAUGGCCGCAUCAAGGAAAUUCAGUAUGAGAUAUUCAGGUCCCUCAUGUACUGGAUUACAAUUCAAUAUGAUAACAUGGGUCGAGUAACCAAAAGAGAAAUUAAAAUAGGGCCCUUUGCCAACACUACCAAAUAUGCUUACGAAUAUGAUGUUGAUGGACAGCUCCAAACAGUUUAUCUAAAUGAAAAGAUCAUGUGGCGUUACAACUACGACCUGAAUGGAAACCUCCACUUACUGAACCCAAGUAACAGUGCACGCCUGACACCUCUUCGCUAUGACCUGCGAGACAGGAUCACCCGCCUCGGGGAUGUUCAGUAUCGGUUGGAUGAAGAUGGGUUCCUGCGUCAAAGAGGCACAGAGAUCUUUGAGUACAGCUCCAAAGGCCUUCUCACUCGAGUUUAUAGUAAAGGCAGUGGCUGGACGGUGAUCUAUCGUUACGAUGGCCUGGGGAGGCGUGUGUCUAGCAAAACCAGUCUGGGGCAGCACCUGCAGUUUUUUUAUGCUGACUUAACUUACCCCACGAGGAUUACUCAUGUCUACAACCACUCCAGUUCAGAAAUUACUUCUCUCUAUUAUGAUCUCCAAGGACAUCUUUUUGCCAUGGAAAUCAGCAGCGGGGAUGAAUUCUACAUUGCGUCAGAUAACACAGGGACGCCAUUGGCUGUUUUCAGUAGCAAUGGGCUUAUGCUAAAGCAGAUUCAGUAUACUGCAUAUGGUGAAAUCUAUUUUGACUCCAAUAUUGACUUUCAACUGGUAAUUGGAUUUCAUGGUGGCUUAUAUGACCCACUCACAAAAUUAAUCCACUUUGGAGAAAGGGAUUAUGAUAUUUUGGCAGGACGAUGGACAACGCCUGACAUAGAAAUCUGGAAAAGAAUUGGGAAGGACCCAGCUCCUUUUAACCUCUAUAUGUUUAGGAAUAACAACCCUGCAAGCAAAAUCCAUGACGUGAAAGAUUACAUCACAGAUGUUAACAGCUGGCUGGUGACAUUUGGCUUCCAUCUGCACAAUGCUAUUCCUGGAUUCCCUGUUCCCAAAUUUGAUUUAACCGAGCCUUCUUACGAACUUGUGAAGAGUCAGCAGUGGGAUGAUGUACCGCCCAUCUUCGGCGUCCAGCAACAGGUGGCGAGGCAGGCCCAGGCCUUCCUGUCCCUGGGCAGGAUGGCGGAGGUGCAGGUGAGCCGGCGCCGGGGCGGCGGCGCGCCCUCGUGGCUGUGGUUCGCCACCGUCAAGUCGCUGAUCGGCAAGGGCGUCAUGCUGGCCGUGAGCCGGGGCCGCGUGCAGACCAACGUGCUCAACAUCGCCAACGAGGACUGCAUCAAGGUGGCGGCCGUGCUCAACAGCGCCUUCUACCUGGAGAACCUGCACUUCACCAUCGAGGGCAAGGACACGCACUACUUCAUCAAGACCACCACGCCCGAGAGCGACCUGGGCACGCUGCGGCUGACGAGCGGCCGCAAGGCCCUGGAGAACGGCAUCAACGUGACGGUGUCGCAGUCCACCACGGUGGUCAACGGCAGGACGCGCAGGUUCGCCGACGUGGAGAUGCAGUUCGGCGCGCUGGCGCUGCACGUGCGCUACGGCAUGACUCUGGACGAGGAGAAGGCGCGCAUCCUGGAGCAGGCGAGGCAGCGCGCGCUCGCCCGGGCCUGGGCGCGCGAGCAGCAGCGCGUGCGCGACGGCGAGGAGGGCGCGCGCCUCUGGACGGAGGGCGAGAAGCGGCAGCUGCUGAGCGCGGGCAAGGUGCAGGGCUACGACGGGUACUACGUACUCUCGGUGGAGCAGUACCCCGAGCUGGCCGACAGCGCCAACAACAUCCAGUUCCUCCGACAAAGCGAGAUCGGCAAGAGGUAACCCCCCCCCCCGCCACGCGGGGCCGGCUGCCACGGACGCACGGACCGACCGACCCACAGGUGCACCGCGGCCCACCCCCACCCCCGCCCAGUGCGCACGCGCGGCGGCGGCUACAGCAGGUGCACCGCGGCCCCCUCCCCCCAGUGCGCACGCGCGGCGGCGGCCGCAGCAGGUGCACCGCGGGCCCCUCUGCCCAGUGCGCACGCGCGGCGGCGGCCGCGGCAGGUGCACCGCGGGCCCCUCUGCCCAGUGCGCACGCGCGGCGGUGGCCGCAGCAGGUGCACUGCGGGGCCUCCCCCUGCCGCCCAGUGCGCAUGCGCGGCGGCGGCCACAGCGGGUGCACCGCGGGCCCCCUCCCAUCCAGUGCGCACGCGCGGCGGCGGCCACAGCAGGUGCACCGCGGGCCUAUGUGUCUCUUGAGCCUGAACCACACACCUUUGCUCGGAUGUUCCUGUAGCACAAUCCGAAUGGGACUCUCCGACACAGAAGAGCCUUCCGGAGAAUGGUACUGCUAUUGAAAUAAAUACAAAUUAAAUAAAACACACACACAAAAAAAAAAAAACUUUUUUUUUUUCCUGAAUGACCUUAAAGGUGAUCGGCUUUAAAGAAUAUGUUUACAUAUGCAUAUCGCUGCACUCAGUUGGACGGGAACUAUUACAAGGAAAAUCCAUAAGUGAAAGAAAGGAGGAAAAAAAAAAACAAAAGGGGCCUAAACGUUUUUGCGCUUGGGCCCUCUGUUCCUUCGAGGCACUGUAUUUAAGGUAAAAAUGCAUACAGUGUCUCCAGAUAUUACCGAAUUGUCGACCUUUGCUUACAAGAAGUAGUCUCUCUGCAUAGGAUGUGAUCUAUAGCUCUGUUAAUUUUAAAAUGUGGGGCAAAAUUCCUGUUUAUAGACAACCCAGCUGCUUCCCCUGUGCUGCUUUGUAAAAGGACAUUGGCACAAGUGACUCCUGCGCCGGAGGGGAUUUCAUAAUGGAUUUUACAAUGCUAACGUGGUUUGCCUUGGGGGAAAAAUAAAACAAACUGGCAAAUAGAAUCCUUGUCACUGAUAAGCAAAGGAAACCCUGAUUUUUUUGUAAAUUAUGUGAGACAAGUUGUUUAUGGAUUUUUAUAUGAAUUACAAUUUACUGUACAUCAAAUAUUAGUCUCAGAGGAGUUAAUUUAUGUAAAGUGUUUAAAAAGUUUAUACUUAAAAAUAAAAUGAUAAAAACAUGUGAACUGUGUGAUUUUUUUAAAAAGGAUUGCACCUUUUGUUAUCUGUUAUAGCUGUACAGUAUAAAUUAUUAUAUUGUAGAGAUAUAACGACUUAUGCCUAUAAUGUCCAGAAGUGUUGAUAUUUUUGUAUUAGGUUGAAAAAAAAAAAACGUGCAACUUUCUAUCACUAGAUGGAUAGGACAGUGCAAUCCUAAGUGGGUGGCUAAUCAGAGAACUGCUCCCUCCUCUUUCUUCUCUUUUUCAUCUGGCCAGUGUCCUCAACCAUUAUCAACUAAGAGGCACAGUAGAAAACUAAGGCUGGUGGAAUGUAGCAGAAGAUACGAAAAUAAAAUAAAAUAACAACUGGGCCGGAGAGGUCCUCUCCCGUCCCUGACAGUCGAGGGGAGUUGAUAGAACUAACCACAGGGUUUUUACUGUCACCAUUCCUUGAAGCUCCGUCUCAUGAUGGAGGCGAGAGACCACAUCAGAUGCUCCAGGAAACGUUGGUGAGAAGGAAAGGAUCUGAUGUAGUCGUGACCGUAAACAUGUGUCUUAAGACCUGGGAAAGAUAGCAGAAACCGAGCAGCGGUGAGAGGGCCAGAUGGAGAAGGUCAGGGUCACUCUGCUAGUCUUGGGUUUGGACCGUCAGGUCACCAAGAGAGACACAAAAGGGAGACAAAAGCUCCUGUAAGCCCUCACGACCCAACCGUCCUGGGAGCUGGUUUGAAUGGCAGCCUCUGCUCCGUCUCGGGGAAGCCGGGGGGGUGGUGGAGGCAGAUCCAGCUGGAAGUGAAUUGACAGCCGUGCCCUCCUGCACGCGUGCGAGCGGGACCAAGCACAGCCAUCUGCACUUCUGUGUCGGCCCAGCCGCUCUUGCAGAUCUCUUUCGUGAGCACUAAAUUCAGCCACAAAAAUAUUUUUAGAAAAUAUUUCUCAGUUCAUUGAGCUAUAGUACACACUGUUUUCCUCUAUGUAUAAUGGUGAUAAAAUAUAGCAAGUGAACAUGUCGUAAAUAUAAAGGUUCAAGUGAUGUAUUGAAAAUAAUUUUCUAACUGCUUUGUAUGUAUCACAUACUCUAAAUUGCACAGUAGGCGUGUUUAUUAAACAGAUUGGCUGGGAAAGUUUCAAAAUAGCUACUGAAUUUACAGUAUCAGUGCUAUUACUGUCUUUGUGUAUUUGGUAGAGCAUACCGAAGUAAUUAAUCUUCUAAUGAAUGCUGAUAUUUUAUUAGAAUGAAAGCACAGAUUAGCAUUAAUAUUUUUUAUCCUGGAAAUCCUUUGGCAAGUAUUAUGAAGCCCCGAUUUAGAAAACUAUGAGAUUUCAAACCACAUAAACAUGGCUCUGUUUUACAUUUUAUUUUUUAACUGUUAACUUAGGUGUUUGCAGUUCUGUUCGAUGGGAUUUCUGCAGGACUGUAUUUAGCAUGCUGUAAGUACUUUUGGUUGAAAUAGGCUCUGAGUCUAAAUUCUCAGAAAUGUUUCUGAUGUAUUGACCAUGAAAAGCUUGUACCACAUGACGGAAGUGAAAUCAUAAUCCUACCCUCUUCUCGACAUGGACUGGUCCUCUACACUGGCACCGAUAAGUAACAGAUUGGGAGUAUCUCUUGGUGCUUAUUUUAGAUAAAGUCAAAUCAACCCAAUUAGUGUCUUGUUAGUAGGUAUAAUGAGCCUAUUUCUUUCUAAAAAGACUUGUGAUCUGGACAUGCUUUUACAAGAAAUAGUGACCUUGGGGAAUAUGUAAACAAAAGACCUUUUUCUAAGAGUUGGGGGGUGGGGGACUGUAUAAUGGAAAGAAUUAGCUUACAGAAAAAAAAAAGAAAUUGAUAUUCAAAGUAUUUUAGGCAAAGCCAGUCAAAAUGCUUUCAUGAUAUUUUGAGAUGUAAAUUUUGUCUGAUUUGUAUUGUUCUUUUCAUUUGCCUUCUUAACUUUAUAUGUGACCUGAAUUUUCCAUAACUUGACUAUAGAUUGCAUCUAGGCAUUCCAAUAAAAGCCAACCCAAUGUG